AAUGCUGGAUAAAAUAAUCAAAACAAUACAUAAGAUCCUUUAAGCGAGGGGAGAUUAACAUAGCAUACAACAACUUUCUUCCUAAUUACUUUUUUCUAAUUUGGAUUUGUAGCAUACGUGUGAGUGUGUGACAUCUUCCCAAGAAAAACAAACAAACAAACAAAGAUAGUUUGAUUUUGAAAAAAAAAACAUAAAAACACAGAAGUAAUGGAGGUUUCAUGUUUUCCGGCAACAUCAAGAGGAACUCACACCCUCUUUCCUUCUUCACGAGAUGUGCUUAAGGGAGCAGGGAUUCCUCCAUGGCAUCAAGCGUCUGUAUCCAUAGCGAUCACUGGUAAUAGAACUCAGCCUUUUCUGUAUGCUGUCACGUCUAACAUUCAAAAUAAAGGCAUUCUAAAGGUAUCAUGUAGCCGCAAGAGUGAAGCUUCUCUUUGGGAAGCCAGAUCUAUGGAUGAGGUGUAUGAAGCUUUGGCGCAUCGUCUUCUUCCUACCGCAGCCGUGACAUCAAACCCCAACUUUAAAUAUAUUGUUGGCUUGGCUGGUCCUCCCGGUGCCGGGAAAAGUACGGUGGCUCAUGAAGUGGCUCAGCGUAUAAACAAGGCGUGGCCCCAGAAAUCACCUUCCAUGGACGAACAAGUAGGAUCACCAGAUGUUGCUAUUGUUCUCCCCAUGGAUGGAUUCCAUCUUUAUCGUAGUGAAUUAGAUGCGAUGGAGGAUCCCAAAGAGGCUCAUGCAAGAAGAGGAGCUCCAUGGACAUUUGACCCGGCAAAGCUACUUAAAUGUCUUCAGACUUUGAGGAGUCAGGGAUCCGUUUGUGCACCAUCAUUUGAUCAUGGCGUAGGAGAUCCUAUUAAAGAUGACAUCUUUGUCUCCCUUCAGCACAAAGUUGUGAUUGUAGAAGGAAAUUACUUGCUCCUAGAUGAAAAGGUUUGGAAAGAUAUAUCUUCCAUGUUCGACGAAAAAUGGUUCAUUGAUGUUAACCUCGACACAUCUAUGCAACGGGUUCUGAAACGGCAUAUGUCAAAGUCUGGGAGGUCUUAUGAUGAAGCGAAAUGGCGGAUAGAUUACAACGAUCGUCCCAACGCGGAGAUGAUCAUGAAAUCAAAGAAAAACGCGGACUUGCUAAUAAGGUCAAUCGAAACCUCAUAAUCUCAUUGAUCGAUCAUGAACUUGUUUGACUUCAUUCAAAUAAAUUGAUGAAAAAUUAGUACUAGGAGAAACAAUAAAAGUCAAAUAGGGGUUGAAUUUUAGUUACUUAGAAAUGUAGGCACUUGACUUUUUAACUUAAUAGUUGAUCCUCCUAAAUCCUUGGAUCUCUCCAAGAAAACUUGAUUGUCAAAAUUUGCUGAAAAUUGUUCCACUCAUAAAAACAAUGCUAUACUUUGAUUAUUUCCA